AAUCAGAGCCGGGGGCGGGCGCGCUCGCAGCCGCGUGGACGUCGCUCUCGUCCGGCCGCGGCCCCAGGUGUCCGGUCCCCGUCGCUCUCACCUGCCGGGGCCGCGGGGCCGCGGGGAGGACGCCCGGAGAGUCCGGAGCGGGCGGAGAUGGACUCAGUGGUCUUUGAGGACGUGGCUGUGAACUUCACCCUGGAGGAGUGGGCUUUGCUGGAUGCUGCUCAGAGGAAGCUCUACAGAGAUGUGAUGCUGGAGACCUGCAGGAACCUGGCCUCAGUGGAUUGUUACACCCAAGGUAAAACCAGCGGAUCAAGUCCUCAGCGGCAUAUUUUGAUGAAUAAAAUAUUCAGUAAAGAGAAAAUACUAACAUUCACAAGAAGUGGUUCCUGGUCUGUUUUUGGAGAAAUCUGGGCAUUUCAUAGCAUUGGAGAUCAGCACCAAACCCAGGAGAGGCGUGUGAGAAGUCAUUUGGUGGAGAGUCUCUGUGAAAGGAAGGAAUGUGAUCACUGUGGAGAAACCCUGGACCAGAAUAAAAACCUUCCUGUGCAUGAGUGUUAUCAGACUGGAGUUAAACCUGAUGAAUGCACAAAGUGUGGAAAAGACUUCAUGGACUGUUCUUUCCUGAAAAAUCAGCAAAGAUCUCACACUAGACACAAACCUUGUCCAUGUAAGGAAUGUGGGCAGCCCUGCAGUUGUGUCUCGUGCCUGCACCUUCACGUGGAAACAGACAAUGUAGAGAAACCCUAUAAAAUACGUCAGGGUACUGAGAGAUCCUCUAAGAGAAACAUGGCGAGUCUCCGUAGUAAAAAGUCUUUUGAGUGUAAGAAAUGUGGAAAAGCAUUCUCUUGUCCCUCAUCCUUACAGGAACAUGAGAGAUGUCACCAUGAACAGAAGAUCCAUGCGUGUAAAUUAUGUGGGAAAGCCUUCAUAUAUUAUUCCUACCUUACACGACAUGUGAGAACACACUCUGGAGAGAAACCCUAUGAAUGUCAGGAGUGUGGGAAAGCCUUCAGUUACCCUGCAUCCCUGCAAGGACACAUGAGGACGCACACUGGAGACAAACCGUAUGCGUGUAAGCAGUGUGGCAAAGCUUUCACUUAUCCUGCAUCCCUGCGAGGACACAUGACAACACACACUAGAGAAAAGCCUUAUGUAUGUAAAGAAUGUGGGAAAGCCUUUGGUUGUCGCAAUAACUUGAGCAGACACAUGAAAUCGCACAAUAGAGUGAAACCCUAUGAGUGUACAGAGUGUGGGAAAGGUUUCUGUUUUUACUCAUCUCUUCAAAUACAUAUGAGAACACACAGUGAAGAGAAACCUUAUGAAUGUAAGGAGUGUGGGAAGGCCUUCAGUUAUUCUUUAUCCCUCCAAGAACAUGUGAGAACGCAUACUGGGGAGAGACCCUUUGAAUGUCAGCACUGUGGGAAAGCCUUCACUCGUCACUCCUCUCUUUGGGUACAUGUGAGAACACACAGUGGGGAGAGACCCUUUGAAUGUCAGCACUGUGGAAAAGCCUUCAGCUGUCAAUCAUCCCUUCGAGGACAUGUGAGGAUACACAGUGGGGAGAGACCCUAUGAAUGUCAGCACAGUGGGAAAGCUCUCAAGCUGCCUCAACAUUUCCAAAGGCAUGUGAGAAUGCACAGUGGUGUGAAACCCUAUGAAAGUAAGCAAUGUGGGAAAGCCUUCAAUUGCUCCUCAUCACUUUGAAUACAUCUGAGAACUCACAGUGAAGAGAAACCGUAUGAAUGUAAGGAGCGUGACAGAGCCUUCAGGGAUUCCACAUUCCUGCAAGUACACUGGAGACAGA